AGGUCAUUGUGAUUACAAGGAAGGAAAUCCAGAAGAUGUUAAACUUGGACACAAAAAUGAAGCUGGAUUUUGUGUGCAUCAGUGACAACAUGGACAUGGGUACAGCAGAUUCACUGAGACAUAUUCACCAGAAAAUAAAGACUGAUGUCUUGGUGCUGAGCUGUGAUCUGAUCACAGAUGUUGAUUUAUAUAAAGUCGUGGAUCUCUUUCGGACUCAUGAUGCUACUCUGUCCAUGUUGAUGAAGAAAACUCAUGAACCCACAGAAGUGGUACCAGGACAGAAAGGGAAAAAAAAGCCAGUGGAGCAGCGCGACUUCAUUGGAGUGGAUGACACAGGCAAAAGAUUGCUCUUCAUGGCUAAUGAAGCUGACUUGGAUGAAGAACUUGUCAUUAAAAGAUCCAUCCUUCAGAAGCACCCCAGGAUGCAUAUCAGAACAGGGCUGAUGGAUGCCCAUCUCUACUGUCUGAAGAAAUAUGUGGUAGACUUCCUUGUAGAAAACAGAUCAGUCACAUCUCUCCGGAGUGAACUGAUUCCACAUCUGGUUAGGAAACAGUUCUCUUCUCCUACAUCAUUGCAGCAAGGACUAGACAACAGAGAAGAGGACCAAAAGAAAAAAGAACAAGCAUCCCUAGACAUUUAUAGUUUCAUAAAAGAAGAUAAUAGCUUGCUGAAACCUGCUGCAGAUAACUCUUGUUGGAAUGAUCAUAGAGGAGAUAUGAAUGAAACUCUCCAUGAAGGAAAAGUGCGCUGCUACGUCCAUAUAAUGAAAGAGGGACUGUGCUACCGAGUGAAUACUCUUGGCUUGUAUAUUGAAGCUAACCGACAGGUUCCCAAGCUAUUGCUUAACCUGGGUCUGGAAGAGCCACUGGUUCAUGGGUCAGCACAGAUCACUGACAGAGGCAUGGUUGGAUCGGACAGCAUCAUUGGGUCAUCCACACAAGUGGGGGAGAAGACAUCCAUUAAACACUCCAUCAUCGGCAGCAUGUGUACCAUAAAAGACAAAGUUAAGAUAACAAACUGCAUCAUCAUGAAUUCUGUUACAAUUGAGGAAGGGUGCUGUCUUCAGGGCAGUGUCAUUUGUCAUAACGCCGUGAUAGAGAAGGGCGCAGACAUCAAAGACUGUUUGAUUGGAAGCGAUCAGAGGCUGGAAACCAAAGGUAAGCAGCAGAGCUGUAUUUACAGUGCCUUUGUAAUAAUUUUCAGGAAUUCUUCCUUGAGGUUUUUACUCCUGCUUCUUCAUGAAGUGCCAGUAAACAGUGGCAGCUCUACAGUGUGAUGUCCUAUAAUAUUGGGAUUUGUUUUUCAUGGAAAGUACAGCUUC